UUGACCAGAGGAGUUGUACAAACUUUGAAUGUUUUGUUUACUAUGCACUUCUCACAAAUCUUCCAACAUCUGAAAUAGUUCUGAAAUAUUUUGCAACAUCUGGUUAUGUGGAGAAGAAAGAGGAAAUAUGUAUCAUUGUACCUCCUGAAUACAACGAGAGAGUUAUACAGAAGAUGGAUGUAGAUAUCAUUGCACACAAAACAAUCCAUGAUGUCUGUAUCCAUGAAGCCGUUAUAAGAUUAUUGAGAAUUCCAAAAGAAGUCCUUGAAUGGGACGACGAAAGAAGAGAACGAUUUGUUCAAGAACUGAAAGACGGGAAAGUUCGAGUUCAUCGAGCCAGAAUUAUAAUUGUUGGCUGUGCAGGAGCAGGAAAAACAACUUUGGUUGAGAGACUAAAACAUCCAAAUAAUGAUGAAAUGCCUACAACUACUACAACUGUUGGUCUUGAUGUACACAGAAACGUGUUCCAUGUCGAUGAUGGGAGACUGAUAUCUAUGGAAAACACAACUUCAAUUACUGUUUCCAGCAGAGAAGAAAAAAUGAUAACGCUUAUGGAUUUUGCCGGACAAAGUGCAUAUUACGCAUGUCAUCAAGUUUUCUUGACCAAGAGGGCUAUUUACGUAUUAGUCUCAGACAUGUCAAAAUGUAUGGACGAUAAGGUCAGCCAAUUAGAAUGUGACACCAAGGGAACCGUAUUUGCUGAUUGGAAACAUGGAGAUUAUAUUAGGUUUUGGCUUCAGAGCAUACGGACAUACUGCGGAGAAAACAUGCCAGUAGUUCUUGUAGCAACACACAAAGACAAAAAUACAUCGAACGAAAAUUUUUUUGACGAAAUUCUACAUUCGUUACCUGAAGAACAAAAUCUGAAAAAGCACAUUUCUACACAAAGAUAUUUUGAAAUUGGAGCUACCCCCGAAGAUAAGGAAAAGAUAUUUGACAUUCAGAAGCUUCUCCUUCACCUCUUAUCGCCUGAGAAUGGAGAACAGCAGUAUUCGCAUUGGGGAGAAUUCAUUCCCUCCUUUUGUUAA